AUGACAGGAUACGGAACGCUCAAGGUCGUCUCAACAGGGCUCGUGGUUCGCGCCGUGUUCGACAAUCCUCCCAUCAAUAUCCUCGACCAUAAAGUCUUCUCCGACUUACAUGCAUUCUUGACCGGCAUCAAGAAAGACCCAAAUCCUCCCAAGGUUGUCAUCUUUUCCUCGGCCAAUCCAAAGUUCUUCUUUGCGCAUUUCGACCUUCAUAUUCUCAGCAUUUCGUCACCUCCACCGCCGCCUCUUGACCCUCAAAAGAUUUCUGGUACCUUUGUCGAGUGUACCCGCAUGAUGUCGACUAUGGGUGUGGUGUUCAUUGCGGAGAUAUCGGGACAGUCUUUGGGUGCAGGCAAUGAAAUUCUACUCCAGAUGGACAUGCGUUUUGCCGCUCCUGGAACAAAACUCGGCAGUCUCGAGAUCGGGUUGGGUUUACUUCAUGCAGGUGGAGGCAGCCAAUAUCUCACCAAGCUCAUUGGGCGUGCGCGAGCAUUGGAGUAUCUUCUGUCUGCAAACACAGUGGACGCAGAGACAGCUGAGCGAAUCGGGUGGGUGAACAAAGCAUUUGCCUCCGUCGAGGAGAUGACGGCCUACGUCGACAAACUCGCGCAUCGCAUCGCAUGCUUCCCGACGGCCGCCUUAGCAGCCACAAAGGACUCGGUGAACGAGCAAGCGCCGUUGGUUGAAGCAGUCGACCGAGACCUUGAAAGGAUUACAGCCCUUGCUCAGACCCCUGAAGCACAAAUGGCGUUGACAAAUUUCUUGAAGAAUGGAAACGAUCAGCAGGGCGGACCUUGGGAAGACGGUCUCAAUGACAAUUUGCUUAAACUGUGGCAGUGA